AUGGGUAAGGUUCAAGGCCAGCAAGGCAAGGACUCGAAGCUUCAGGCCAGGCACUGUUUCUGGGUGGUGCUGAUGGUGCUGAUGGCAACGAAGGGUGCACAACGCGCAGAGUCAGCUUUGCCCCGUUUCCACAACGCUAGACUCGAAACGUCGAGCAGCCCAUGGGUCCAUCCACACCGCCGCAGGGGUGAGAGCCCCACUCAUGGUGUUGUUGCUGCUGCUGCUACAGAGCUCCAGAGCUGGAGCUGGCAGAGCUCAGCGAAAACAAAGGCACCUCAAUUCCACUUCAAGGUCUAA